AUGGACUUGAAUAUUAAGAUCCUCGCAAAAGAAACGAUCCAACCUUCUUCUCCAACACCGCCUCACCAGAAAAUAUAUAAGCUCUCUCUUUUUGAUCAAUUAGCUCCUCCUGUUUAUGCACCUGUUAUUCUCUUUUACUCACCAACUGAUGUUAAUGAUUCCGCCAAAACAUCUCAUCUUCUGAAAAAGUCCCUGUCGGAAACAUUAGCCGGAUUCUAUCCAUUCGCCGGACGUGUCAAAGAUGGCUUCUCAAUCGAGUGCAAUGAUCGCGGUGUUAUAUUUAUCGAAGCUUUUGUGGAUUGUGAAAUGUCCAUGGUCCUUAAACAACCGGAAAUUGAUCAGCUUCAACAGCUACUACCUGAAGAAAGUUCUGAUCAGAUACUCCUCGCCGUUCAGGUCAAUUACUUCGGUUGCGGCGGAAUGGCCUUGAGUGUUUGCAUUAGGCAUGUGAUUGCCGAUGCCUCAGCAGCAGCAUAUUUUGUUAAAAGCUGGGCUGCCAUUGCGCGUGGUGAAAAUGUUAAUUUUGAGGAUGCCAUUUAUGAUUGCACCUCUUUAUUCCCUUCCCAAAAUCUCUUUAACUUUUCAGAGAACAUCAGCAAAAACCAUGAUGUGUUACUAAACGUUGCAAUGAAAAGGUUCUUGUUUGAUGGCUCCAAGAUAGCUGCUUUGAUAGAAAAGAUUGGAAGGAUUGGUUCCACUCAGGAUCAUCCAACACGUGUUGAGGCCGUAUCGGCACUCAUUUGGAGCACAGUGAUAGCAAUAGCUAGAGAAAGAGACGAGACAAUGCCAAUGCAUGUGGCAACGACUGCUGUAAAUUUGCGAAAGAGAUUGAAUCCACCGUUGCCGCCACAGAGUAUUGGGAACAUCUACCAGCUGACAAUGGCAAACUGGAUGAUGGAGAAGACAACUAGCUACAACGAUUUGGCAGAAAGAAUUCAUGAAUCCAUAAAGAAGAUGACCGAUGAGCAUAUAAGGAAGCUCCACGGAGGUGGUGGAUACUUGAAUAUGAUGAAAAAUGCAGCUGAAGGACUCGGAAAGAUUUCAAACAUCGAGGUAUUUGGUUUCAGCAGUUGGUGUAGAUUUCCAUUUUAUGAAGCUGAUUUUGGGUGGGGGAAGCCCAUUUGGGUAAGCACGGCUCUGAAACUUAACAAAGUUGCGAUAUUCUUGGACACGAGUGACGGAAAGGGGAUCGAAGCAUGGGUGGGAUUGUCCAAGGAGAAUAUGGAUAAAUUCCAAAGACACCCUGAUAUUCUUGCUUAUGGUUCCUUCCGUCCAAGCCAUUGA